AUGCUCGUCUUAGCCAUCCACGUGCUGACCUUCGCUGUGAGUUUUCCUGCCAACAUCUUCACCCUCCUCACCCUCCUCAUCAAAAUCCGAUGCCACCGUCCUCAUCCCCACCUCACCGCUGCGGACCUCCUCCUCCUCCACCUCACCACUGCAGACCUCCUUGUCCUCCUCUUCCUCCCAUUCAAGAUGGCCGAAGAGGCAGCCAUGAUGGCGUGGCCCUUCCCCAGAGUGCUCUGCCCCAUUGCAAACUUCUGCUUCUACUCCAGCAUCUACCUCAGCACUCUCUUUAUAGCUGCCCUCAGUGUGGAGCGCUACUUUGGGGUCGUGUUCCCACACCGCUACAACCGGCGCCGGAGGUUAUGGCGGACGAUGGCUGCCAGCGCCGUCCUUUGGGUGAUGGCAUUGUCCCUUUGUUCCUUCGUCUUUGUAGCGGAGCAUCACAGAGAGUUUGGGGUCAAUGGCUCUGAGGCUGAUGGGGAAGGUGGUUUAGGCUUCAAUGGGAAAAAGACCUGGGGAUCGGUGAUGGACAACCCCAAUCACGUUGGGCUGAAGAUGGACAACUCCCAUUCUUUUGGGACCAGAGGGUCAGACCUUGGGGGAUUUGGGUUAACCAAACCUAACGGCAUUGACACCGAUGUCCCCAGUACCUCCACUGCUGACAUCACCACUCCCAGAGGCUUGAAGAUCCCCAUUGCCAACAUCUACAGGAUCUCCAACCCCAAGACAAACCUCAACAUCUCCACCCUCCAAUUCUCUGCCUGCACAACCCCAAAAACACCCCACAUCCCCACCACCACCCCACGGACAUACCAGAACGCCUCUGAGACUCAACCCCACAUGGUCUACCACUGCUACAAUGACUUCUCCCCAACCCAGCUGCGCUUU